ACUGAUCAUGCGUAGUUGAAUCCAGCUCACUUCGCCAAGAUGGCGGCUUCGUUAACGUUUGGGUCGGUGCCGCAGUUUUAUCGGGAGGUUUAUCAGAUAGUUUGUCCAAACCAAGAGAACAAAAUAGAGAAAGAAAUGUUUGUAAAGAUCCUGGUGAAAUCUAGUCUUCCUAAAUCUUCUCUUACAAUGAUCUGGGAGGCCAUUGACCCCAAACAGGAAGGCUUCAUCACUAGAGAUGGUCUGUACAAGGCACUAGCACUGACAGCUCUUGCACAGCAAGGAAAACCAGUCUCAGAAAAAGCACUGGAGUCAUUUGUGGACUCAGAGUUGCCCAAGCCAUCACUAGGUGAUCUGUCAGAUCUCAAAACUCUAAGUGCUAGAGUACGACGGGAACAGAACCCAAACAUUCUUGGCUACAAUUAUGAAGAUCUUAUGGCUCUGGAUUCUGUAGAGGUUGAUUUGCUGGCAGAAAAGAAAGGAAUACUACUAAAACAUAAUGAAUAUCAGAUCUCCAGUAAGAGACACAACAUGACAGUCCAUCGACGAUACAAUGAUUUUGUUGCCUUCCACGAUGUUUUGAUAUCCAGAUUUCCAUAUCGUCUUGUUCCUAAGUUACCACCAAAAAAGCUCAUGGGAGCCAGUAAAGAGUUCAUUGAGGCCAGAAGAAGAGCUUUGAAGAGGUUUCUAAAUGUUGUGGCUCGUCAUCCUGUCCUCAGCAAUGAUAGAAUUGUCAUUUUCUUUUUCACAAUUAAAGGAUCUGAUAUUGGUCAGAAGAUGAAGGAUCAAUUCAAGUCCUUCCCAGAUGAGUUUGUUACAAGUCCAUUGUCAGUAGGAAUAAAGGAACUGGUUCCAAUGGAUGUGCAAGCAAGUUUCAGUGCAAGCAAAGAACACAUUCGUUGUAUUCACAACUCAGUUGAAAGAAUGAAGGAAAUAGCAGACAGAAUAACUAUGAGAACUCUUGGCUUUUCAAGUGACAUGCUAGCAUUUGCUAAGGAAUUAAGUGCCCUCAAUGGAGACUCACACCCAACUACAGUAUGGGCUUGUGGCAAUAAUGACUCAUGGGGACACCUCAAGCAUGGCUUUAAUGGUCUUAUGGGACACUUCAGCCGAUUAUCAGAUAAAGCAACAGCAUGGUUUAAGCGAGAAGACUGUGGUGCAGCUGAAACAUUUGCUCUUUUCCUUGAAGUUACAUCGGCAUAUAAGGACCUAUGUGAAAGACAUGAAAAAGGUGUUCUAAAGGAUCACCAGAACGCCCUUCACAAGAUGCAACAGAUCAAGAAGCGACAGAUUUUAUCUCAAGCAAAAGGGCAAGAAAAUUUGGUUGAUGCUCUAGAGUCCAAGAUCUUGGAACAAGAAGCUGACAUCAGUAAUAUGGAAAACAGGAACUUCUUUUCCUUGCAUUGUUUGCAGUUGGAAACUCAACUUGUUCAUGCCAAUAUAAAAAUGAUUGCUGUUGCUUUGGAAAAGAUGGUGGCCUCAAAUUCGCUUGGGCACAAAGAGCUUGCACAGAUAUGGGCGGAGACGUACCCAGCAGUAGAAAGCCUUGUGCCCAAAGAAACAGCAUCAUCCCCACCAGGGUCACCCCCUUUGUAACCUACAACUUCUACUACACAGGUCACGUUAAAAAAAAAAAACUUUGAUUAUGAGGCUGACUGGAAAAUAAUAAAAAUUUUGUCAAAUUCCCAUUUUAUCUUUGUUUCCCAUCAGCCUCAUUGUCAAAAUAUUUUCAAGUUUGCAUUGCAUAGUAUUAGUAGACGAUUGAACAAAUUAUCCCCAGGGUACCCCUCCCCCUGUGGCUUGUUUGUAUAGGAUUUUAAAAUGUUUCAUUAAGGAUGACGUGUUAAAUCUUAAAUUGUGCUGGAUACACAGGAAACCCAUGAAUGAUUUUUGUAGUGCGCUGUUAACACAGGAAGCCCAAGUCUUGACAAUUUUGAACCAAAUUUUUAAGAAUGACAAUCGUAAAAUUUAAUCGAAUCUAGGAACUUCAAACAAUGUAAAAUAGGAAAACAUACUCUCCUCUCGCCUCUGUCCCUAUCUCAACUCUGCACCCUUCAACCUUGUAAGACAAUAGGGAAUAACUCCAUGUAGGAAAGGUGCUUCAGAGGUAGGUGGGGUGGGGGGGUGGAUGAUGGUGUUUUUAGGAGGGGAGGGGUGGGGUAGGUAUGUUUAUUUUGAAGGUGAAGCAUCAAAUAGCUUUGUCUUAGCAUAUACAGUGCCCAUAUACAUACCCACGGGACUUUUCCGAGUUCAAUAAACAUGAUGCAUUGUGGCCUAGCUUGGGUACAAACAACACCAAACAAGGCAUGGUGAACAAAAGAUGUUUGAACCCAUGCUAAAUCAAAAUACACUUUGCUAAAUAUCUCUGUAAAGGGCCAUUGUUCUACAUAGGGUUUAUAUAGGUAUCCUAUAUCUGGGUGUAUUCCCUUUGGAAAGACUUCGAGUUUCAAUGAGGUAAAUUCAAUAUUUUUAAAAUAAAAAUAAGAUAACACUAAAACAAAAUAAAAUACAAAGUUAUAAAAAAAUAUGUACUGAAAAUCAAAAUUCACUUAGAUUACAUAUAAAAGUUAAAUUGUAAAACCUUUCUAGAUAAAAAGAUAUAUUAUCAUUCUGUUAGUCUUAGUCACUUGUACGUUGUUCAUUCCCCCCCCCUCCCCCCAUAAUUCCCACACAAUAUGAUUUCGGGAAUCUAAUUGGGAAGCUUUUGUUAUUACUAGAGGUGUCAUGGGCAGAUCCAGGGUGGUCACAGGAAUUCUGAAAGCACCCCUCAAUGGAAUUCAAAAAAAUCUUCAUUGGUAUUUGAUGACGGUAGUCUCAAGAAAAUCAAUAUAGAAUAAAGACUUUAUUCAUUA